GAAUGACGUCAGGAACUUAUUUCCAACAAGUGGCCAAACUCGCAACCAUGGAUCUCAAACUCCAGGAAGAUGACAUUUCUACAGAAAAGCAAUUAGAAUCCUUAAGUAGUCAUUCGCCACAACCACAGCACAUCAGCAACAAGUUUUCCAUCGAUGACAUCCUUUCCGGCAGCACAGGCAACAACAACCGCACCAAUAUACCCAAUUUACCAACAUCAGCCAUUCUUCUUCGAGCGGCUGCCAGAGCCAAUCGCAUGAAAGAAGAUACAAAUUUACCAUUUCCUAGACCACCAGUAUGCGUGAGACCCACACCUGUAGCUUUUCAUCCGAAUCCUCUUUAUCCCACCAGGACUGAUGGAGCAUCAUUGACAUUGAGUUAUUUGGCUCCUGCUUUGGGAUUAGAGUCUGGACCUCAUCUUCAGCAUCACACGCAAGGCGAUGUUGCUCCUCAUCAUCCUGUUGGAUCAUCCUUUCCCAACUAUGCUGUCACAACGGCUGCUUCAGCUCUUAGUAACUACGGCACAUGGCUAGGUAGACCUCCAUUUUUCACCUUAUCAGCACCAAAACCUUCCGGAAGACGUCCUAGAAAACCAGGAGUAGAAAGGAAACCAAGACAAGCUUAUAGUGCUAAACAAUUAGAAAGACUGGAGUCUGAAUUUAAGGUAGAUAAGUAUUUAAGUGUCAGUAAAAGAAUGGAACUUUCAGCAGCUUUAAAUUUAACAGAAGUACAAAUCAAAACAUGGUUCCAAAACAGAAGGACAAAAUGGAAGAAACAGUUGACAGCAAGGAUGAAGAUAGCCCAACGACAAGGAUUGUGGCCAGCACACUAUUUACCGUCAGCGCACGCAUUCGCACCUUUUCUCAGUACUUCGUAUUGCCAACUAUCCUCAGCUGCCCUUGGCGACAACUUGGACAUUGGCAGAACAGCUGUUGGCGACAACGGUCCUGCUCCCCCUGACUUAGACGACAACAAAUCUUUGGACGAUAAGUGAACAUAGAAUUUAAAAAUCCAUAAAGAGCAGCUUUCAUGUUUGCAUUCAUCAUAUAAA